CGCGGUGCCGCCUCCGGUCCCGUUGCGGCCUGGCCGAGUAGAUGGAGGCCGCGGGCGGCGGGGCAGCGCCGGGGUGCAUCGAUCUGCACGAUUUCAGCGGGCAAUUGGGCGAGCAGCGGGUGCACUUCCACGCCAUGCGGCUGCAGGACUCGCUCUUCCUCUGGGUGGGCGCUGUACCCGCCCUGUCCAGCCUGGCCGUGGCCAUGUGCAGCCCCCGGGACAGCGUUCCCGUGUCCACCUCGUUGCUCGGGGACCCAUCCGACACCGCCUCCGCUCUUUUGUUCUCUGUUUUAGCCAAGAAGACCAAAAAACAGGUAUUUGUCAGCUACAAUCUGCCAAACACAGACAGCAGUUUCACCUUACUCAUAGAAAACAGGAUCAAGGAAGAAAUGAUGGCUUUUCCUGAGAAGUUCUGACACUGCCAUCAUUGUAAAAUAACUGGAAGUUUUUGUUUCAGAAGAACUGACUGCAGUUUUCACACUGCCAUUAAGCAGUGUACUUGUUUUGUAUUGCAUUGAUUGAAUUUGCAUUUGUUAUUAAAUGUAACUGACCUAAA